GUCCUAACGUUGUCAAAUAUCGCGAUAACUGCCUCCCUAAUCACUACGUAAUGUGCCGUGCUGCUUCUAGCGGCGCUGGUGACAGUGCUGAAAGCUGUUGGGUAUGAAAUGAAACGGAACUGAAUUUUUGUACCAUCCGCAACUGCUUCAAGUUCAGAUCACCACAAGGAAACUGAAGACAAACCUUCCCGAAACAAGCAAAAGUUGCAACAACGAAGACGCGUAGAAAAACAACGGAUCACUUCAAGGAGUUUUAAAAACACACGAAGCAACCAAAUCCUGAAACGACCAAAGAAGACGCACGUCAGCCCAAUUGAAACCUCGAAGAGAAGCAAUCCUGCGCCCAAGCAAAUUCUGAGACGACUUAACUGAUCUGAAACCAGAAGUUUGUGCCUACUCAACAGCUUUGACAAAGCACACGUCCCAACGCUGCUCCUAGCCCUCCUCAUCCUCACCACACCACCGACUCACCACCGGGGUGUGGAGUGGGCUGCUAUCUGCUAGUUUUAUUUUCCCCCCCAUAGUUUCCCCCCCCAUCUCUCCCCUUUUUCUCUACUCCCCUCACUGUUUUCAUUGUAAUUUUUUUUUCUAAGCAGUGUUAUUGCACCUGCGUUUGCCUUUUUUGUUUUUGUUUUUUUGGCACUAGAUUUCUACCCCUUUUUUUGCUUUAUGCAACCAUCUAGAACUUGUGCCAGAAACCUGUAACAAGUGUGUGCGUGUGUGUGUGAGUGUUCAACUGUGUGCGUGAAGAGACCUGCAGGAACUGCCUAGUCAUCGAGAUCCUGAGAAUUACAAGAUUCAAGACGACGAAUUAAGAUGAGUUUUGACCCAGGCAUGCUCCAUAACAAUGGGCACACUGCAUAUGCCAACGGCACGGGGCCCGGCAUCCGAGAGACUGGUGUGGUGGAGAAGCUCCUGACGUCGUACGGGUUCAUACAGUGCUCCGAGCGUCAGGCCCGUCUCUUCUUCCACUGCUCCCAGUACAAUGGCAAUCUGCAGGAACUUAAAAUAGGAGAUGAUGUAGAAUUUGAGGUAUCCUCUGACAGGCGCACUGGCAAGCCCAUAGCAGUGAAGCUGCUAAAGAUAAAGCCAGAGGUGCUGCCAGAGGAGCGCAUCUCGGGCCAGGUGGGGCCAGACCUGCACGCCUAUCCCUUAACUGUGCUGCAUGGUUAUAUUCAUCCAGUUGUCUCGGCGAUCCCGGUGCACUUGGACGGAAAGUCAGCACCUGGCCAGGUGCCCACUGGCAGCGUGUGUUAUGAAAGAAACGGAGAAGUGUUCUACCUUACCUACACCCCUGAUGAUGUGGAGGGAAAUCUCCACCUGGACACGGGCGACAAAGUCAGCUUUUACAUGGAAACCAACAAGCAUACCGGUGCGGUCAGCGCUCGUAAUAUUCAACUUGUGAAGAAAAAGCAAAUGAGGUGCCAAGGUGUGGUGUGCGCUACAAAGGAGGCCUUUGGGUUCAUUGAGCGGGCCGACGUGGUGAAGGAGAUCUUCUUCCACUACAGCGAGUUCAAGGGGGAUCUUGAGGCUCUGCAGGCUGGAGACGAUGUUGAGUUCACCAUCAAGGACAGAAAUGGUAAAGAGGUAGCCACCGAAGUGAGGCUGCUCCCCCAGGGGACCGUAAUCUUUGAGGACAUCAGCAUUGAGCAGUUCGAGGGCACCGUCGUUAAGGUCAUUCCCAAGGUCCCCACCAAAAACCAGAACGACCCUUUACCGGGCCGGAUCAGCUCCCGCAUUGGUUUCAAUGACAAGGAGCUGCCUUUUGGCGAGAAGGACACUAAGUCCAAGGUGACCCUUCUGGAGGGAGACCACAUACAGUUCAACAUCUCCACCGACCGCAGGGACAAGCUGGAGAGAGCCACCAACAUCGACAUCCUCCCGGACACCUUCGACUUUACCAAGGAGUCCCGUGAAAUGGGCGUGAUCGCUGCUAUACGUGACGGCUUUGGCUUCAUCAAGUGCGUUGAUCGGGACGCCAGGAUGUUCUUCCACUUCAGUGAAGUCCUGGAGGAAAGCCAACUGCACAUCUCAGAUGAAGUGGAGUUCACUGUUGUGCCCGUAGGUCCUGUUUAUAAGCUUUUCACAAAAGACAUGCUGUCGGCUCAGAGGAACCACGCAGUGCGCAUCAAGAAGCUGCCCAAGGGCACGGUGUCCUUCCAUACCCAGUCUGAGCAGCGCUUUAUGGGCGUGGUGGAGAAGGAAGUGGUGGCAGCCAGCAACAAGAAUGCCAGUCCCACCAAGGUCAAGGAAAAGGAGGCUGAGGAAGGAGUGAUUGCAUAUGAAGACUGUGGAGUGAAGCUCACUGUGCCGUACCAUAAUAAGGACUUAGAGGGAGGAGGAUACCCACAGGUUGGAGACAAGGUGGAGUUCUCCAUCAACGAAGUGAAGCGCACUGGCCUGCAGAGCGCCGUGUCCAUUAGGGUCCUCAACCGCAACGCCUCCAAUGCCAAGAGACUGCUCGGAUUUGUCGCGACGCUGAAGGACAACUUUGGCUUCAUCGAGACGGCAAAUCACGACCAGGAGAUUUUCUUUCACUACAGUGAAAUGUGUGGGGACUUGGAGAACUUAGAGCUGGGUGACACAGUGGAGUACACUCUCUCUAAGGGAAAAGGAAACAAAGUCAGUGCUGAGAAAGUUACAAAAGUGGCCGCAGUGAACGGCAUUAGCGAGGAGGACGGUGCAGCGGUGAUGAUGGGGAAGGUCAUCCGUCCCUUGCGCAGUGUGGAUCCCUCCCAGACGGAGUACCAAGGGCUCAUUGAAGUCACAGAGGAAGGUGCACCUAAAGGCCAGAAUUAUCCCUUUGGAAUCAUGGGUAUGUCAAACAAGGGCGAUUGCCUGCAGAAAGGAGAACUUGUGAAGUUCUACGUUUGCACAGUAGCCCAGACUGGACAGAAGAUGGCCUCUAAUGUGGUUCCUCAGCGCAGAGCGUUGGUGGAGUGUGUCAAAGACCAGUUUGGCUUCAUCACAUAUGAAGUUGGUGAGAGCAAGAAGCUGUUCUUCCAUGUAAAAGAGGUGCAAGAUGGCCUAGAGCUCCAGACCGGGGAUGAGGUGGAGUUCUCCGUCGUCCUCAACCAACGCACAGGAAAAUGUAGUGCCUGCAACGUACGCAGAGUCAGCGAGGGGCCAAAACAGGUGGCGACUCCGCGUCCAGAUCGACUGGUGAACCGGUUGAAGAGCAUCACCCUCGACGACGCCAGCGCUCCACGCCUGGUGAUCGUGAGACAGCCCCGUGGUCCAGACAAUUCAAAGGGCUUCAAUGUGGAGCGAAAGACUCGCCAGCCUGGCGUCAUCGACUGAGCAAUACACAGCCCGCCCUGUUGGUGGGAUGCUGUCCCAACGUGUGGCUGCAGGGGAUAAGGGAAAUUUGAUUUGACACAUGCUUGCACACACACACGCACACACACACACACAAACUCCUUCACAAUACACUCUCUCUCUCUCUCACACACACACAGGCACACGGUAUGUGUAAUCUUUAUCCCCAUACCUGCGAGGGAACCUUUUCUCAUUCCACAGUUCCCUUUCUCCCAUGUAUGAUGUACUUGAUACAGAGUUCCACACUGCAGUGUACAUGGGGUCUCCGAGUGUGUGUUUGAGUGUGUGUUGAGCGCGUGUGAUGUAUUCUGGAGGUGAUUAUAGUAUGUAAUGCAGAUAUUUGUUUCUGAGGGUGUCGUCCCUAUAAAUCAGAGUGAUGACUGUGUGGCUGUCUAUGUCCAGAUCUUUUGUAUCUGCUUUUUUUUUUUUUUUUUUUUCUGGAAUUCUGCACCUGUAAUCUGUCCAAUAGUUUGCCUGGUGGUGUCUCGCGUCUUUGAGCAUCUACACCAUUUUUUUUUUUCUCUCUCCCAUAUUUUUGCUCCUUUACCCAUGGAAACUUAAAAAAAUGGUUUCAUUGUCGAGUUUCCACUAUUGUAUGCUUUCCUACAAGACGCAUAAAGCAAAGCAAAAGUUCCCUCCAUAAGGAGGAUCAUAUUUCUCAUGUGCGAGCUUAAACUGAAGAUUCUUCUCUGCUCGGUUUUUUUGAGCAGGUUUUAAAACGCUUUAUUGAAGAGCUGAAGUGAAAGCAUGGUGUGUGUGUGUGAUGUAUGUGUGUGAUGUAUGUGAAUGUCAAUGUAGUUGAUCUAAUGGGAUUUACUUUUACCAAUCUGGAGCCUUUAGAUACCUUUUUGGUAUUCACAUGCUCCACUUAAGCAAUUUUUCCCAGGUGCAGAAUUCCUUGUGGCAUCUUAUUUCUGCAGUUCUUUUAUACUGUUUGUUUUUUGUUUGUUUUUCUUGCACAUGUUUUUGCUUUUUUCCAUUGAAACUCAAUCUGCUAAUAUUGAAUUAAGUAAGAAUAAGGUGCCUAAAAACUACACGCAAAAUAAAAUGAAAAAAAAAAAGAAUAAAUAAAAAAUUAGAUGUAUCUUCUGUUCGCAGCCAACCGCCAAAACAUUCAGAACAAUCUUAGGGUGGCUUUCUUUUCUAGUAGAAAUAAUACUGAUAUGCAUCCCAAACCUGUGGGUUGAAUUAUACUGUAUGUAAUGUGUGCUUUUUUUUUUUUUUUUUUUUUUUUGCUUAGGGAAAGUUCAUCAAACCUUCCACUAUAACAAAACAAAUUUAACUUAAAAAAUGAGAAUGGUAAAGUAUUAGAAAUUCAGUUUAAAAAAAAAAAAAAAAAAAAAAAAAACAUUAAGAAUCUGGAUACAAGUUGUCUAUCGCUGGAGACAUGGUGGGUGAGCUCUUGUGCCCCUGCACACAAGUUACAGUCAAAAAAAAAAUAAUUUCAAUUUUGGAGAUCACUGGGUUUCUGUUGAACCACAAACGGAGGUUCUCAUGUACUUUUGUUAAUGGUCUUGAAUGAAACAACUGAAUUAAAGUUUUAUGAAAAUCA